GCCUCUUUCUGCUGAAGAAUGGGACGCCUGGAGACAGCCGCGGCUUGAGCCGCCGGGCUUGGAAUUGGCGGCGCCUGCGCCUGCCCACGACGACGACGACGACGGCUUCUGGGGCGCGCUCCCGCUCGCUCCGCAGAGAGCAAGCUUGGCGCCCGAGCGAGCUCCCGCUCAUGUACAGGAGGAGCCAUCCUGGGAACCGCCAGCAGGCGCAGCUCCCGUGCUGCCGCAAGAGACUCCGGUGCCGUACACUCCCGACCCCUCAGUCGAUGGAGCCGGAGGCAUCCAGGGCGCUGGACGAUGGCGGCGCAGCCGGAAGCCCACGGAUGCUAAUGACGCCGCAGAGGGCCGAAGGCCGGCGGCUGAAGAAUUUGGAGAGACGCGUGAUGUGGUAUGGGGCUACGAGCAGACCCGACCGGAACCACCGGCUGUCCCGCCGCCACCGCGGCCUGGAGUUACCGACCUGCACCAACCAGCCGACGAUCAGCCGACGGAAGAGCCUGCCGACCACGCUGCCGAAACGAAGGCGGAAGAGUCGGCAGGUUCCGAGCUCGAGGAUCCGAUUGAAGCUGGUGAUGCAGAGCCCAAGAAGGCCAAAAAGAAAAAGAAGAAAAAGAAGGCUGCAAAGACGGAAGACGCUUCACCCACGAAGGUCAUUGCAGCCGUGCCGACUACUCCUGCUCUGGCGAACCUCUUCUCGAAAACGAAAUUUUCCGGCCUGUCCGACGGUUCUGAGAGCGAGCAGGAGGUGGCGAAGGCCAGCGCGAAAGCCGCGGCGAAGCCGAAGGCCAAGCCCAAGGCCAAGGAGCCCAACAAGGAGGUCUCGCUGGAAAAAGCCGCGGCCAAGGCCAAGGCACCACCGAAGGCGGCCUCGGCUCCUCCGAACGAGCCGGGUCACGGAGGAUACCCGGCCCCGGCACCCGAACCCGUUCCAGGGCCAGCGCGUGAAGUGAAGGUACCGGUGCCUUUGGCCGUGAAGCCUUUGCCGACUGCGAAGAUGAAGGCUCCGCCAGCUCCUGCGCCUCCGGCUGCCAAAGUAGCACCAAAGGCCGUGCCACCUCCAGGUGUGGCCGUGAAGCCCUUGCCGACCCAUCCACCAGCCAAGGCCGUGGUGCCCAAGAUGAAAGCAGCGGCAGUGCCCGUCAAGGCCAUCAAUCCACUUCCGCAGCCGCAGCCGCCUCGUCCGGCAAAGGCAGUUGUCACCAACGGCGGGCUGCAAUACGCAGCCUCGACCGGCAGUGCGAGCCUGCGGUACAUGGAGCGCCCCGUGGAGAAGCUGCCGGCGAAAGCCUACUACGAGGAGGAGGAGGACCCAGAGCUGCAGUGCUAUAUAUGGGACCGAAGGACCCAACAGCCGCGACAGCGGGGCAUCCAGUUCGCUACAGGCCCGACGGCUCCCAAGGCGGUGCCGCCCCAGCGCCAACGCAGCCUCCUGAAUCAGGUGAUCGAGAUGGGCUUCGACGAGGCAACCGCGAACCGUGCGCUGACGAAGACAGGUUGGGUUGGAGUGCAGGAGGCCAUGAACGUCCUCCUUGGGGCAUGA